AUGACGAGUUUACGACGAUCGUCGGUGCCGCACGAGUUGGAGAGCGCGCUGAUCGGCGGGAUUGGUGGGCAGAUGUCGAAGAACGAAAACAACGACUCGUCGUCGAGCGAGGAAGGAGGGAGAGUUGUCGUAAAGUCCAAGAAAAUUGGAGACAGUCGAUACUUUCCCUCGUUGGAGAACGACGAGGACGAGGAGGAGAGUGCGGACGAUACGAAGAACGAAAAUAAUAAUACCACGAACAAUAACAACAACAAAGGAGAAGGAGAAGGAAAAACGUACGAAGAAGGCGAGAUUCGACAGACGAGAACAGAAGAAGACGAUUUAAAAUCGGAAGAAGCUUCGAUGAACGAGAAAGUGCGACGACUCUCACUCUCGGUGCGCGUUUCGAAUAAUGAAGACGAAACGACGACGACGAUGAAGAAGAAGAACAACAACAACAACAACAAUCAAGAUAUCGACGAAAACGACGUGAACUUACCGCGCGAUUUGAUGUCCGCCGCAAUCGGAGAUGACUCGCUCGAUUCGCCCAUACUUCCACCACUUUGGGCUCAGAUUAGAAGAAGAAACUCUGCUUCCGAGGGAAGAGAGCAGAUUUCGUACGAUUUCGUGGACGAAGCGCAAGGAGAGCAGCGACGUUCGUACGCGCCGACGCAUCGCGACACGACAGACGAUCCACACUUAAAAGCACAGCUGGAACAACGCGUGCAACAACAACAGUCGACGCACCAAUCGCAGACGCUUCCUUUUUCGCAACCGUACAGAAUGCCGGAAAACCACGGCGCGACUCGAACGCUUCUGUAUCGCCUUCUUUGCCCAAACGCUCGAGCCGGAUCGGUGAUUGGCAAGAACGGUGAAAAAGUAAAGCAGCUUCAGCGAGACUCUGGGGCGAAGAUUAAAGUCGAACCGCCGGUGGAUAGCACGAUUGCCGAGAGAGUCAUUGCGAUCGAAGCGCAAGACGUGGACGACCCGACGGUUUGGGCGCCGUCGCAAAUCGCUCUUUUGAGAAUAGUCGAAACGAUCGUAUUAGACGCGGAAAGAAACACCACUAUCGGCGCCGCCGAGGAAAACAACGGCCACAUUGUCAUACGUUUACUCUUACCGUCCUCGCAAAUCCGCAACGUUAUUGGCAGAUUCGGAAACGUCAUCGAACGCAUCCGCGUAGGAUCUGGAUCGCACGUUCGCGUUUUACCGUCUUCGGAAACGCCCAGAUGCGCGAAACGAAACGACGAGGUUUUACAAAUAAGCGCCGAGUCGAUGGAAAACGUCGCUUCGGCGUUGGCUAUGAUCACAACACAAUUACGAUUGGACCCGCCGGUCCGCGCGCACGAGUUACCCGGAGGCACGAAGGUGCACUGCGACCGCGCGAGCUCUGAAGCUAUCAGACGCGCGGCUUCCGGCAUCGUCAACGAAGGCGGUAUUUUAACCUCCGUGGAGACGACGACGACGACGACACAGCAGCAGCAGCAGCAGCAACAACAACAACAACAACAACAACAACAACACCAACAAAAACAAAAACCGCCGAUUUCGCCAACCUUUUUCGACGCGACCAGUCCAGAUGUCGGUAGUUAUUACGCGCAAAAAGUCUCGCCGGGAAGUUCGGAUAUAUCGUCUUCGGACAGCCCGCAAAGUCCUGGGAUGUAUUCCUCCUCCCAAGCGCCGAUGGUGCACGCUCACGGAGGAGCGUACGCGGAACAGUUCCCAGACUCGAGCGACGUGUGUGGUUUAUUCAACAUCUCCAACUUUGAAGGUUUAGACGAUACAGAACCUGAGUCGCGCAUCGCGCCGGGCAUCGUUACGAGAACCUUUUGCGUCUUUGAGAUCAAAAACGCGCUCGACUCUGCUUCUAAAAAACGCGCGAAAGGUAUCAUCGAACUCGCCGCCGAGGAGACCAAGUGUAAAGUCACGCAAAGACCAAUCGGCGAAGAGCAGGUGAAGAACAAAUCCAUGCUCCUGACGGUUUCUGGAACGACAGAAAAAGUGGUCGCGGUAAAGACGUUGGUCAAAAUGCGAUUGGCGAAAGGUUUCGCGGAAUCAAAGCGAGAGGAACGUUCCUCGUUCGCCGCCGGGAGACGCGCGAGCGGCGAAUAUUACCACCACCCUUCGUAUUAA